GUCUGCCUGGACAGACGCUGUCAGAACGCAUCGCUCCUGGGUGUGAGCACGUGUUCGGAGAAAUGUCACGGACGUGGCGUCUGUAACAGUAAUAGGAACUGUCACUGUGACCCUCGGUGGGCCCCGCCACUCUGUGAUCAAGCCGGACUUGGGGGCAGUAUCGACAGCGGCCCCAUCCUCCCUGACGACCAGAAAGCUCUGCUGAUUGGGCUGUUAUUCAGUUUCCUGUUACUGAUCCCGGGGAGCCUGCUCUCGGUGUUCUGCUGUUCCAGGCACAGAGCAGCCAUCCGCGUUCACUGGCUGAACUGUUACAGGCAACCAGCUGUGGCAGACAGAACUGUCUCACGGAGAGAUGAAGCGAGCUCACAGCCUGGUCUGUGCCUGAGGAUUCUGAGCGGGCUCUCUCCAAGGGAGCUGGAUCAGGGCCAGUACCUCCCUCGGAGCCCAAGGCCUGGGGACAUGGCCAGUGCGUCUGCCGGCAGGGCCCAGCGCCCACAUCCCAUCGGCAGGGACCAGGACAAGCCAGUGCGGCCUCCGGCUCCCACAGGGACAGUGUUCCGCCAUCCCAGCAAUCCCAAAGGGCGGCCAGGGAAAGCCGACCCUCCCCGGAAACCGCCCCCACCAUCACUCCCACGCAGACAGGCCUCACAGACUACCUACUGCCUCGUCCCUCAGCAGCUCCCGGACCACACUCACUCAUCUCCGAAGAGACCUUCUGGGGUACGGCCUCGUGUUGCUGAAGCUGUUGCUCUGUUCUCCUCUUCACCAGCGAGCAGGACCGUGACUGGAGGACAACCUGGGAAACACUGACCAAUCAGAGAUGAGGUACUGAUGGAAACAUCCGGAUGGAUAUGGAGAGAUUCGGAUUGGAGCAGAACUGUCUAGUGUGGGGCAUGUGAGAGAAAUAUCUGGAUGGGGGAUCUGGCUGUGGAGUUGCGGGGGGAGGAAUCCUAUUCUUGGUGUCCCC